CCGGUGGAAUGUCAAUAAAUACUAUUUUUCUUCGAAAGCCUCUAUUAUUCUUAUAAUUAUUCAUAAUUAAUAUACAAAAAUUAUAAAUUAUUACUCUCUUCAAUUUUCACAAUUCUGUAUAUAAACAUAUGUAUUGUUUGAAUGCUCCAAAACAAUAAACAAUAAUGGAUAAAGUGUCACUGGAUAAUUUCGAAUGGUCUCAACAUUUAGGAUGUCCUUUAAUAGAAAGUUUUCAAGAGCACGAAAAAUCGUUGUUAAACUGUGGUGUUGUAAGCUUUGCCUGGGAUGAAAUUUCCUCACGAUCUCUACCUAUUAAUGAUGUUCUUGAAACACGAAAGAAUAUUUUAUUGUAUUAUUUAAAAAACAAAAUAAAAGUAGCAUCAAUUGAACAUAUCAACAAUAUCAAUAAAUUAAGAUUUGAAAGGAAUAAAAUCAAAGAACGUUUGACAAAGAUUGAAAGUGAAUAUGAUCAAGAGAUUCAAUCUGUUCAACCAAAAAGUUGCAAAAUAGCUAAAUUGAAUGCAUUAAAAAAGUCAAUCAAGGUAAAAAAAAUGAUUAUACAUUUCAAACAUGAUGAUAUUAAGAGAGACAUGAAUACAUGCAAUGAAUUAUUAUCAGAAUGUCACCAUUUACAACCAUCUGAAAAUAAUAAUAUUAAUGAAGCUGUUAUGAAUCAAAUUAUUGCUUCAGUGGGUACUAUUUCUUGUAGAGAAGAUAAACGAGAGGCUUGGCAACAAAUAUCGAAGGAUUUAGGAUCAAUCUCUAUUUUGGAAUUGUGGAAAUGGCUGUUAAAUAAGCGUAUCCAAGACACUAACAAAGUAACACACUUAGAACUUUCUUCAACAGAGAGAAAUGAAGGAGCAGAAAAUUUGAAUUCAAUAAAAAAUGAUGAAGAAAUUCAGGAAGAUAAUAAAAUUAAUAGUUAUCAUAAUAUUGAACUAGCAAGAGUUUAUAGUAAACAUAUUUUAAAUGCAGCAGAAAUAGUAAAAUAUACUUACAGCAGUGAAAAAUACCGUAAUUCUGGAGUAGAUUAUAUCGAAAAAAUACUGCUAUGUGAUGAAAAUAAAGUUUUUAAUGACUGGUUAGAAAUUAUUGUUCAAAGUUCAUUAUUAGAAAGAAGACGAGCCAUUUUGAAACAUUAUAUCCAUUUUUUUAAAAAUAUUAACAAUGAAGAGGAAAAUUUACGCAUUCGAUACAGUCAAUUAUCCUGUAAUAUUCAAGAAACUACAGCUCAGAUGACUGAUUGUGUAAAGAAAUUCCAAAACUCAUUAAUACGUUUGAAGCCUAGUGCUCAAUUUAUUUUUCAUCUGAAAAAUUUAUUAAUGACUUCACUAAAUAACAUAAUGGUUUUAUCUAAUUCUAAUCAUAAUACGGAGUGGUUAAACUUAUUUAUUAAUACGGAAAUUGAUGAAUUUUAUAAAAACUUGAAUAUCAAUGCUUUAGAUAAAAUCAUGCUGAUUAAUAUUAAAAAUCCUUACAGACAUACACUACAAUGUAUGAGCAAUGCUUUACUAACUACACCGACGUUAUCAAUUUUUGUGCCAGUUUACCAAACUCCAAUUUAUUAUAUAAUUAAUUGUUUAAAAUAUAUAUCGAUGAAUAAAUUAUUCAAGCAACAAAAGUGCGAAUUAAAUUCGAUUGAAGAAUUAAUAACAGCAAUAUCAAAAACUGCCAAUCCAAUCGUAGCGAAAAAAGAUAUUGAUGUUAUAGAGUUGCUUGAUAAUGCCAUGUUCUUGAGUGAUAAAUGUCACAAGGAACUUGAACAAUUGGAUUCUUUAUAUGACAUAUGGGCUCAUCAAUCUAUGCAAUCAGUAAUGACAAUUAUGGAAAAUGUUGUUUAUAAAACAACAUUUCCUGAGUGGAUUAAACGUUAUACCACAGUAAUAUAUGUGAUUCAAAAAAAUAAAUAAGUCACUAUUCUUUUGUAAUUGUUUAUAUAAUAUUAAAUAGAAUUUAUUUAA